AUGUUUAUUGGAGCAACGCGGAAGCUGUUUAAGAGCACCGGAGGGGAAAGUGCUGGCUAUUGGUGGAUGGCACGCAUCUCCGCACGCAUUCCCACGACCGGCGUCUCCGGCUCCCAACUGCAGGCGUUGUUGGAGGAUGAAUUUCCAGCCUUUUCUCCUAUGUUGCUAGGGGCAGUGACGCUGAAGGAGGCGGUCCAGCAACGCCCUGAUCUGUUUCAGGUAGAGGAGGGCAAUCAUCUCCUGUCCAAGUGGUACGUGCGGCCCGUUCAUAACAACAGCCUCCCCGGCGCUGCGACGCUCCCAUCCCAUCCUUCAAAGACCCAGGCAGCUCUUCAGAAGAUUCAGCAGUUUUGCAGCCGGCGUGCGAGACAAGGUCGCACCUCUUACACCACGUUGGAACGCGUUAUGGCUCAUGCAGAUGUAGACGACGUCACUAUCUUAGACGAACUGCUGCGACGCACGAAUCACGACCUUGACGUACAGGCUGGCGUUCGCAUUAAGCCGAAACGAAUUCCGCGUAGCAUCGUUGCCUUUGUAGACGGUGACUCGCUGCCAGCUGUCGCGGUAAAUGAGAUGUGCAACGAGAUGAACGUGCUGAAGGAUUCCAGCACUGUGAUGAUUGUCCGGCAGAGCGGCUCACAUGCGCUGUCGAAGGUCGACCUCAUCAGCCCCGAUGUGAUUCCCACUUAUCUGUGUAUCGAGAAGCACGCACGCGAGCUGCGGCUGCGCAAACCCGACGUGCGUCAGGAUGUUGUGUAUAUGUGCAGCGCGGCGCAAUUCCCGAUCUAUGCGGCGCACGUUGCCCCGCUAAACCCCUUUCCAGACGCGGAUGUGUUUGUCUGCUGUCCGAGCAAGAUUGCCCUUGUGCAGCCGAAGGAGGUGAUACCCUUGGUUUAA